AUGACAUUAAGGGUAAGUAUAUUUAAUAAUUUAGGUUUGAAUGUUUAGGUUGUUUGUCAAGACUGUUAUACUUUAGGUUAUUGGCCUUUCUUACGAGAUUUCGGAUUCGCGCCAAAAAUUAGUGGACAAGCUGAAGGAGAUUGAGGAACCUACACCCUUUGAAGCUUUCAACUACCUUUACAGUUACACAGGAUUGUUCACUGGGCCGUACUACUCGUAUAGAACAUACGUUGAUGCACAUGUUUUGCAAUUUCAUGCACAAGCACCUCACGUUUUGGACUUGGUAAAGGACAAAUUGAUGACGUUGAGAUGGUCCGUGCCUUUGUUGAUUUUAAUGAACAUUAUUGCGCCAGUUAAAAUACUACAGUCGGAAGAUUCAGGCGACUACAAUAUUGUUGUGUUGUUUUUACUGUCGGCGUUGGCAUUUGUUUUUCUGCGAAUGCGAAUUUAUUCGGCUUGGGCGGUUGCCGAAACGAUCUGUAUCAUCUCUGGGAUUGGUGUUUAUGAUCAUUCUUAUCAUUCUAAGCCAGGCAUUGGACCUACUAAGGAACCAGAAGUUGGCGAAACUGCGCAUGGUUUUGAUGCAAGCACGAUUGACAACUUAGAUAUUCCUCAUGUUGAACAUUCAGAUGGCUUCAGGAGUGGAAUGAGAGCAUGGAACCGAACCGUACAAUUUUGGUUGGCUCAUUUUGUUUAUAAAAGGUCUUCAAAGAAAAUUAGGUAGUUUUUUCAUGAUUAUUUUAAUCUUUUUAUUGUUAACGUAUUUAAAAAAUUUUUUUUUGGUUUGUUAUAUUAAAUUUGUUGUUACUGAUGACAACAAUAAUUUUUAGAAUGCCUUGGACGAUGUUUAUUAGCGCAUUUUGGCACGGUGUUCACCCUGGUUAUUUCUUAUCCUUUUUGACAGUUCCACUAUGUACGGCAGCUGAAGAUGUGAUGUUUAAACGGUUUCCAGUUAAUGACGGUAAAAGGAAUCCAACAUUCGACUUUGUGUAAGUUUAUUUGGUAGUUGAGCUUUCACAAUUUUAUUCAUGUUUUUGAUAAUUUUUUACACAUUUGGUGUUGGGGAAGGGAUAAUGUUCAGUUUAAUGAAUGUCAAAAAUUAUGGUAUUCCACAUUAUAUUUAACAACGAAUAUUAUAGAUGGCGUUUUAUUAGAACCAGAGGUUUUGAAAUGAUGGCAUGUGGAUUUCUCUUACUCACGUGGACCGAUACUAUUAGAUUAUGGAGAAACCAGUACUUUUGGCUGCACUUUUUGAUGGUUGGAAUUUUGGUAUUUGAUAAGAUUUAUCCAAAGGCUGCUCAAAAUACAUUCAAGAAAGAUGACUAA